AACAUGACUUUUGCUCAAUCAGUUUGUCACAACAAUCUUUAGCCGGUUGUCAUCAUGUGGCCAUUGCCGAGGAAUCGAGCGAUGGCAAAUUCCGACAUGAAGGUACCAAUCGUUAAGUCGUCUUUAGUUGUGGAGGCUAUGCACAUGUCAAGAAAGAAACUUGGUGUGUACAAUGAGAGCAGAGGAGAUUCAGAGACUGCAAAAGCUAGAGCAGAAGCGGGAUUGUUCGAGGUAAAGAAGUCGGUGGAGGAGCUCGCAUUACUUAUAGAGAUGUCGAAUCGUAGUCCGGAGUUAAAGAAAAAAGAUAUUGAAGUGUCGAAGAUCGAAGAGAAGUACGCGGAAGUUAUGAGAGUUUUGGAGGCUGUGAAAGAAGAAGUGAGUGAAGUGAAGCUUAAUGUAGCAUCUGUUUUGGGAGAGAGAAUUGCAGCGGAGAAAGAAGUCGAAGAAUUGCGGUUUAAGACGGAAGGGAAUUUGAAAUUGUUGGAGAGUCUUAAGAAGGAAAUCGAGGUUGCGAAUGAGGAGCAUUUGAUGGCUGCAUUGGGAAAGAUUGAGGCGUUGAAGGGAUAUAAAGAGAUAGAAAGGCAGAGAAAAAGGAGAGCUAUAGAGGUUUUGGAUUUGUUGGUGGAAAGAAAUAAGAGAAUCAAGAAAAUGUUGGACGAGGCGGAAAGAUUGAAGGAUAUUGAGAAUGAGUUGUUUGAGACGAAUUCGGAUGUUGAGAUGUUGGAAAUACAGUUAAAGCUUUUCAAGAAAAUGGAGAGGAGAGUUCAGGGGAGAGGCAAUAGCAUGUCGAGAUCAAACCGGUCUUUUGGAAGAGGGAAGUAUAGUUUAUCGGUGUUGAAAGAAGUGACUGAAGCGACUGAAGCGAGAAAGGAGGAACUUGCUUCUGUUAAUGUAGAAAUCUAUAGGAUCAUGACGGUAAUGGACGCGUUGAGGAAUGAGAUUAUCCGAGCCAAAGAUGAAACAGCUUGCCUAGAAAAACUCUUAAGGAAAGAUGAUGUUAAGAUUCAGAAACUUAACUCAAAUAUGCUUAUCGAAAGAUCGAAGUUGGAAGCGGUAUCUAUAGCCGAAGAAAGAAUUAGUUCUCUUGCUGACAAUUUAGUUGGUUCGCUUGAGAAGUUAAAGAAAAGUAAAAAAGCUGCAAAGAAAGAAGAGUUCCUUCUCAAAGAAGAGAAGACGGUUACAAAGGCGGAAACACAGAAAACCAAAAUCGAAAUAGAUAAAAAAGAAAGAGAACUGAUUUCAAAGUUGGAUGAGCUUGAAAAAGUGAAGCAUACUGAGGCUUUAGUGCUUGAGAAGCUUGAGACUCUAGUAGAAGACACGAUGGAGAGCCGCGAAAUGGAGUCUGAACAUUGUUCAACAAUAACAAUCUCGAGGUUUGAGUACGAGUAUUUGAGUAAACAUGCUUAUCAAGCAGAAGAAACCGCAGAGAAGAAAGUUGCAGCAGCAGAGGCGUGGGUGGAAGCACUCAAGGCUAGCACCAAAUCGGUUCUGAUGAAGUCGGAUACUUUGAUGAGAGAAAGUGAAAUGAUGAGAGUGGAAGAAGAGAAAGAAUUGUUUAGGAUGGAAAGGUCAUUGGCGACGAAGAGAUUGGUGGAGGGCGAGAUUCAGAAGUUUAAGCAGAACUCGGAAGCCGAAGGCUAUAUUUCUCCCAAAGCAGUUGAAAAAUUCACACCGGUACAACGUGGGAAGCCAAGAAGAUAUUCAUCUGCAGGGACUCCAACUUUCUUUAAAUAUAACAUGAGGAGGCCAAAGUCAUCUCGCAUCAGGAUGCAACCUGUUCGGUCUAAUCAUCCUCCGCCGAGCAAGAAGGAGGGGGCCUCUUCAUUGGAAACAGCUCUGAACGUUUUUUGGAACAAUCAAAGGGAGCAACUAGGAAACUUUGCAGAUCAAACUUAUUUGCCGCUAUCUAGGGUCAGAAAGAUUUUGAAAUCCAAUCCUGAAGUCCAGAAGAUAAGCUGUGAUGUUCCUGCCUUGUUUUCGAAAGCUUGUGAAUACUUCAUUCUAGAGGUAACAUUACGAGCAUGGAUGAAUACUCAAUCAUGCACUCGUCAGACCAUCCGGCGUUGUGAUAUCUUCCAGGCCGUAGAGAACUCAGGAACUUAUGAUUUCCUGAUUGAUCGUGUUCCUUUUGGACCGCACUGUGUCGUCCAUCAGGGUGUGCCACCUCCUGCUGAAAUGAUUUUGCCGGACAUGAAUGUUCCAAUCGAUAUGGACGAGACUGAGCAGGAGAAUCUGACUGAAGAGUGCUCUAUCAAUAAUAGAGGGUUUGACCUCAACUCUGAUCUCCAGGUAGUUUUCUUUGAACUUCUAUUCUUGCAAUCAUUGUAGAUUGUUAUGCACUAAGAUGACUAUAUAGGCAAUAUAUUGUUAAAGAACCCAUUUAGAAAAGAACACACAUUGUAGCUUCAAUAUUACAUCAAUCCAUGAGCCAUUUGCAGUAUUUGGUUCAGUGAAGGAUUUCAAUUUGAGCUUUUGUUGUUUUUGGAGUUGUUAGUUGAUACUUUUGGUUAGCUAUUGCAGAGUAUAUAAACUAAGAAAGCAUUUGGUUGUUU